AUGACGGUCUGUCUGAUUGUGACUAUCAGCGGUUCGGUCAUGCACACGCUCAAUUUUCGCAACUGCUAUCGGGUACGUCUCGGGUUCCAGGGAGACUCGAGCCUACCGUAUCAUACAGCUUUCAACUUUGCUUUGACGCUGCCAUUAACUGCCAUACAGCUUACUCGUUACGUCCUGGUGCUGCACAAGAAACACGAACAAAUCGCACAUCUCGACUGGCACUAUUUCUGGGUUUGGGACGUGAUUAUGUGGCUCCAUUUUGGGACGCUUGUUUGCUUCAACCCGGCUCUUCGGAAGGAGUUCCUCCCCAGUUUUGCUACCACCACCCGGCAGCCCCCGGCCAACAUGAUCCCUUUUCGCGAUUUUUCCCAUCCGAAUCGAAACAUUGAUAUUAGGCGCAUGAUUUUUGGACCUCGUGCUCAGGAUUUUUAUCCGACCGUGAAUGAGCGGAUUGAGGAGAGGGUUGUUGAGGGAUCGGUUGGUCAGACGACGGCUGAGACAACUGCC